GAUGUCAGUGGGCUGUGCCUGUCCUGGUUGUUCCUCAAAGUCAUUCAAGCUGUACUCGCCGAAGGAGCCCCCGAACGGCAACGCCUUCCCCCCUUUCCAUCCCGGCACCAUGCUAGAUCGGGAUGUGGGCCCAACUCCCAUGUACCCGCCUACAUACCUGGAGCCUGGGAUUGGGAGGCACACACCAUAUGGCAACCAAACCGACUACAGAAUAUUCGAGCUUAACAAACGGCUUCAAAACUGGACAGAGGAGUGUGACAAUCUCUGGUGGGAUGCUUUCACAACUGAGUUCUUUGAGGAUGAUGCCAUGUUGACCAUCACUUUCUGCCUGGAGGAUGGACCAAAGAGAUACACCAUUGGCCGGACCUUGAUCCCACGCUACUUCCGCAGCAUCUUUGAGGGGGGUGCUACAGAGCUGUACUAUGUGCUCAAGCACCCCAAGGAGGCAUUCCACAGCAACUUUGUGUCCCUCGACUGUGACCAGGGCAGCAUGGUGACCCAGCACGGCAAACCCAUGUUCACCCAGGUAUGUGUGGAGGGCCGGUUGUACCUGGAGUUCAUGUUUGAUGACAUGAUGCGGAUAAAGACAUGGCACUUCAGCAUCCGGCAGCACCGGGAGCUCAUUCCCCGCAGCAUCCUUGCCAUGCAUGCCCAGGACCCCCAAAUGUUGGAUCAGCUCUCCAAAAAUAUCACCCGAUGUGGGCUGUCCAAUUCCACUCUCAACUACCUCCGACUCUGUGUGAUACUCGAGCCCAUGCAGGAGCUCAUGUCCCGCCACAAGACCUACAGCCUCAGCCCCCGUGACUGCCUCAAGACCUGCCUUUUCCAGAAGUGGCAACGCAUGGUAGCACCCCCCGCGGAGCCUGCACGGCAGCAGCCCAGCAAACGGCGGAAACGGAAGAUGUCAGGGGGCAGCACCAUGAGCUCGGGGGGCGGCAACACCAACAACAGCAACAGCAAGAAGAAAAGCCCAGCCAGCACCUUCGCCCUCUCCAGCCAGGAUGUGAUGGUGGUGGGGGAGCCCACCCUGAUGGGCGGGGAGUUCGGGGACGAGGACGAGAGGCUCAUCACCCGGCUGGAGAACACCCAGUUUGACGCGGCCAACGGCAUUGACGACGAGGACAGCUUUAACAACUCCCCCGCCCUGGGCGCCAACAGCCCCUGGAACAGCAAGCCUCCAUCCAGCCAAGAGAGCAAAUCGGAGAACCCCACGUCACAGGCCUCCCAGUAAAGGCCUCGCCACGGCCACCCAGCACUCUGCCUGCCUGCCCCACUCCUCGCAGCGCCAGGGAGCAGAAGACAGAAUGAAGAGACUGAGCAUCUAAAAUGGGCAGCCUCAUCCACCCACUUCAGGGAGGACCUGGACUCGCUGGGGGCAGGUGCCAAGAUUUGCCCCCCACUGGCCCUGGGCUGGGGCUGGCCUCUGCAGAACCUUUGGGAGGAAGGGGGUACUCCCGUGGAUGCCUACGUGGACCUGGGCCUCUGAGAAAUGUCCUGACCACCCCCCAGGGCAUUUGCCUCCAUCCUCAUCCCGGGUUCUGGGUUCCCCCACCCUCCUGACUCCAUCCCCUUCAAGCCUGGGGUUGUCUGUACCCACAGCCCUUAGGGACUUACAGUUGUGGGGUUGGUUGAAUGCCCCUGUCCCACACCCUCCCCUUAGGUGGCUGGUAGUAGAGGGAUAAAGCUCUGGACUCCUCCCUCUGCCACCUAUCCCAGCUCCAAGUUUUUUUUUUUUAAAUAAUAUUAUUAAAAAUGUAAGUU